UGUGUGUGUGUGUGUGUGUGUGUGUUCCGGUGUGAUGCGGACUGGUCCCUCCCUUCAGCGGAGCAGAGGAGGAGGAGGAGGAGCGGGAGCUGAAGGUCACAGCUGGAGGAGCAUCAUCACCAGAACCUUCAUCCACUGAUAUCAGACCGAUAAUCGAUCAGCUGAUCGGAUCCAUCAGCCCCUCGAGGAGCGGGACCGCGCCGUGAGACCGGAGCGACAGACAGAUCAGCUGCAGCAUCACCGCCUGUCUCCCCCCUCGCCUCCAUCACCAGCCUCCACCUGUCUCUCCGCUCCUCCGCCUGUCUGUCUCUCCGCCCGUCUCUCCGCCAUGGGGAACCGGGGGAUGGAGGAGCUCAUCCCGCUGGUGAACCAGCUACAGGACGCCUUCUCCUCCAUCGGCCAGAACGCCAACCUCGACCUGCCGCAGAUCGCGGUGGUAGGCGGGCAGAGCGCCGGGAAGAGCUCGGUGCUGGAGAACUUCGUGGGCAAAGACUUCCUGCCUCGUGGUUCAGGUAUCGUCACUCGGCGCCCCCUGGUGCUGCAGCUUAUCAACUGUCCCACAGAGUAUGCUGAGUUCCUGCACUGCAAAGGAAAGAAGUUCACCGACUUCGAUGAAGUUCGUCAGGAGAUCGAAGCUGAAACUGAUCGAGUGACUGGACACAACAAAGGAAUCAGUCCGGUCCCCAUAAACCUGAGAGUGUACUCCCCCAACGUGUUGAACCUGACUCUGGUGGAUCUUCCUGGGAUGACGAAGGUUCCUGUCGGGGACCAACCUGCCGACAUCGAGCACCAGAUCAGAGACAUGUUGCUUCAGUUCGUCACCAAGGACAACUGCCUCCUAUUGGCUGUUUCUCCGGCCAACUCUGACCUCGCCAACUCCGACGCUCUGAAGAUCGCCAAGGAGGUCGACCCGCAAGGUCUGAGGACGAUCGGUGUGAUCACCAAACUGGACCUGAUGGAUGAAGGAACCGAUGCCAGAGACAUCCUGGAGAACAAGCUGCUGCCGCUCCGCAGAGGUUACAUCGGGGUGGUGAAUCGCAGUCAGAAGGACAUCGACGGGAAGAAAGACAUCACUGCGGCGCUGCAGGCUGAGAGGAAGUUCUUCCUGUCUCACCCAUCGUACCGACACCUGGCCGACCGCAUGGGAACCGCCUACCUGCAGAAAAUCCUCAACCAGCAACUGACCAACCACAUCCGGGACACGCUGCCAGGGUUACGCAGCAAACUGCAGAGCCAGCUGCUGUCCAUCGAGAAGGAGGUGGAGGAGUACAAGAACUUCAGACCGGAUGACCCGAGCCGCAAGACCAAGGCUCUGCUGCAGAUGGUGCAGCAGUUCGCGGUGGACUUUGAGAAGCGGAUCGAAGGAUCUGGAGAUCAGGUCGACACCUAUGAGCUGUCAGGAGGAGCAAAGAUCAACCGGAUCUUCCACGAGCGCUUCCCCUUCGAACUGGUCAAGCUGGAGAGCGAUGAGAAGACUCUUCGUAAAGAAAUCAGCUACGCCAUCAAGAACAUCCAUGGAAUCAGGACGGGUCUGUUCACACCUGACAUGGCAUUUGAGACGAUUGUGAAGCGUCAGAUCGCUCAGAUCAAAGAGCCGUGUCAGAAAUGUGUCGACAUGGUGAUCAGUGAGCUGGUCAACACCGUCAGGCAGUGUACACAGAAGUUGGCUCAGUAUCCAAUGCUCAGAGAGGAGAUGGAGAGAAUCGUCACUCAGCACAUCAGAGACAGAGAGAGUCGCACCAAAGACCAGGUGAUGCUGCUGAUUGACAUUGAGUUGGCCUACAUGAACACAAACCAUGAAGAUUUCAUUGGCUUUGCAAAUGCUCAGCAGAAGAGCAGUCAGAUGAGCAAGAAGAAAGCAGCAGGAAAUCAGGACGAAAUCAUGGUGAUCCGUAAAGGUUGGCUAACCAUCAACAACAUUGGCAUCAUGAAGGGCGGAGCCAAAGAGUACUGGUUUGUCCUGACGGCAGAGACACUGUCGUGGUACAAAGACGAUGAGGAGAAGGAGAAGAAGUACAUGCUGCCUGUGGACAACCUGAAACUGAAAGACAUCGAGAAAAGCUUCAUGUCCAGCAAACACAUCUUCGCUCUGUUCAACACUGAACACAGGAAUGUGUAUAAAGACUACCGUCAGCUGGAGCUGGCCAGUGAGUCUCAGGAGGAGGUGGACAGCUGGAAGGCUUCUUUCCUACGAGCUGGAGUGUACCCUGAACGCAGCGUGGACAAAGAGAAGGUGGAGGUGGAGGAGUCGAGCGGCGACGGGCAGAUCCACAGUCUGGACCCACAGCUGGAGCGACAGGUGGAGAUCGUCAGGAACCUGGUGGACUCGUACCUGUCCAUCAUCCACCGCACCGUCAGAGACCUGAUCCCCAAGACCAUCAUGCACCUGAUGGUCAACAAUACAAAGGAGUUCAUCCAUGCUGACCUGCUCGCUCAGCUGUACUCCUGCGGAGACCAGAACUCCCUGAUGGAGGAGUCCCAGGAACAGGCUCAGCACCGUGAUGAGAUGCUCAGGAUGUACCACGCUCUGCGCACAGGCCUCAGCAUCAUCGGUGACAUCAGCACCUCCACUAUCACCACAGCGAUGCCUCCACCUGUCGACGACUCCUGGCUGCAGGUGACGGGAAUGCCAUCCGGACGCAGGUCUCCCAUGUCCAGUCCGACCCCCCAGCGCCGGGCCCCACCUGGGCCUCCUCGUCCGGCCGGUCGUGCAGCCCCCGGCCCCCCGGGCCGUCCCGCGGUGUCACCUGACCCUGGACCACCGCCCUCUGUCCCCUCUCGGCCAAACAGAGCGCCACCACCUGGAGUCCCCAGAAUCUCUAUCAGUGACCAGUGAGGAGUUCACCAAUGUCGCCCCAGUAAAGGUAGCCCCGCCCAUGGAGAGAGCCCCCAGUCUUCUAUUGAGGGUUAACCUGACCCGAGUGUGUGUUUGUGUCUACUGAACUGUUCUACUGGUCUCUACUGAUGAUGAUGUGUUACUGUGAACUUUACUAGUAAUAAUGAUAAUGAUAUUGAUUAUCCGCACAUUAUGAAUAUAUAGCAAAUGAUCAGCAAAGUACUACUGCAAUAUCGAGUGUAUAAAUAUGUUGUCCAGUUGUCUGCCUGCUGUCAGGAGGGUGAGACAGGCCAGCUGCCUGUCUGUCUGCCUUCACUGUCAUAUAUCACAUCAAAAACAGCAGCGACAGCAUCACGUGAUUAUCAGCUCACAUCAGGUUUAUAACGUACUGUACAAACCUCCAGAGAUGAUGCACAUCUCACUCCUCUCUGGACUUUCAGGCUGGUCUGGGAUCAGACCUGUGCACACAGCUAGCCUGUUAGUUAACUGUAUGCAUACACUACUAGUCUGUUAGCUGUUAGCUUGCUGCAUCAUCUCUUGGAGUUGAGUUGUGUUUUUAUUUGCAGUUUUGUUCCUCAUGUCUCGAGCUAAAGAGAUUUAAUCUUUUCUUUACAGUGUAAAGUUUAUAUAUUGUGUUAAGUUAUGUAUUUAUUGAUCUAUUUAUUGUUUUAUUUAUUAUCUGCAGUUCUUGCCAGUAUGGCAUUUAUCAAUGUUAGCUGUCACCUUGUUAAGAAUAUAUUGGUGUUUCCCUGGUGUUCACUUUCUUUCACUGAAACCAGAGAAUCUACUGUCUUCUACUGUCAUCUGUUCUUUACUACCAUAUGAUUUUAACCAGUUCCAACUGGUUCUGUGUGACACUGUUCAUAUUGGUUCAAUCAGGUUCUAACUCUGACAGGUUCCAGCUGGAUUAAAACCAGAAUCAGUACCACAAACCGACAACAACAAAUACUGACAGUGUGAAGGUUUCAUUGAUUUUACAUUUUAUUUCCGUUUCCUGAGAAGAAUUAAUAGAUAAUAAUAGAAUUUGGAUUGAAGUAAGUGACCAACUGGACUGACCCACUGUAACUAGUUUACAAAUCAACCUGUUAUUAGAACAAAUGAUUUCGAGAACAUGUCAACAGGAAUUAUUAGAAAACAGCAUAACCUCAAGUUGUUAAUUAAAAUCAGUUUUGUUGAAUAAUCACUGUAUAAAAACACCAUUUGUGGCAAUAGAAAUGAAUCCAGUGGUUUGAUAAAUGAGUUGAGGAGAUGGAACUGUUGUAAAUUUAGGUCACAGAGUAUUGAUCCAGACCUUCAGGAGUAUUAAUGUUCAGCAGCUGCUGACUGAACUGAAUCUAAACUAUCUGCUGAUCUAUUUAUUCUACCCGUGUGUUGUUCAUGUUGUGUUGUCUCUAUAGAGUUAGUUGAGCUCUGAGCUACGUUCAACACACCACAUGUUAGCAGAGUGUUUGUGAAGUGUCCUUGUGUUCAGACUAAUGUCAGCAUGGUUGUUUUGAAUGUUCUUUAUUGAUCAGUGAAGUGUUGAACGCAGCGCAGCAAUGGUGAUCGUUCACUCUGUGGUAUUAAUAUUAACGUUUACAGAUUAUAUGAAGAUGAUAAUGUAUCUUAUAUAUGUGAGGAACAUAUACAUAGAUCUAUUAAACUGAAAUAUGCAGCAGCCCACACUGUAGUGUGUGUGUGUGUGUUUGUGUGUGUGUUACAGUGUGUGUAUGUGUGUAGCUGUGUUGUGUAUCUUAGUGUCAUGUGAUAAGGGCCAACACAGACAUGUUGACAUGAAUAAAGUUUGUGUGAAUGAAAA